GAAGUUGGUUUUUCCUGAAAACUGUAAUCAUAUCUUCUGCAUUACCUGUAUUCUUAAUGGGCAGAGACUCUGCCUUCAUGUCCAAUUGAUCGAAAAACCUUUUCAGGCAAUAUAUAAAUUCAGUGCAUUGGAAGGUUGUGUUAAGGUUCAAGUAGAGAGACAAUUAAAAGAAACAGAUGAUAAGAAAAAUGAAUGCUCCUUUAAGAAGCAGGAUUCCUGUUCUGUAUAUAUUAAAAGCUGUUUGAGAAAAAGAGCAGAUGUAAAAAGAGAUCUGUUAAGUGCAAAGUUUUAUAAAGAUUUGAAGAAAAUACAUAGAAUCACUUCACACAAUGAAAUAACAAAAAGGAAAGCCACAUCAAUUAAGAUAAAUAAGCCUCAAAGACAGAACUGCCCAAAUCACCGCUCUCGAAAUUAUUUUUCCAGUGUAUUUUCUUUUGAUAAUCACACUGAAGAAUCUUCUUGUAUGUUUAGAAGUUACUGUACAGGAUUUACAGAAAUCACUGAAAUCAAUUCAGUGAUUAGGCAAAAGAGACAGGAACUGCAAUUGUCAUGGUUCCCUGAUACAUUACCAGGAAUUGCAAGAAUUGGUUUCAUUCCCUGGAUGGCUGGAGCUGAAAUCCUUCCUCUUGUUUCCUCUAUGUUACCAGGAACAAUUUUUCCAAUGAAUACUGUUUCUUUGGAAGAUUUUGGGUCAACUUGUAAGGAACAUGUGCUAGCACACACACAGGAGGGAGAGGAGAAGAAGCAAACUUCUGGUACAUCAAAUAGUAGAGGAACAAGAAGAAAACCCACAGAAACAACUCCUAGGAGAAGAUCUACACGUAAUAUGAAAACUGAAACUGUCAGUCAGCCCCAGAAUUCACCAAUUUCAAAUAACUCUGAGUGUGAUGCCCCAGAUAGCAAUAAAUCAUCUAUAAAUGCUCCCACUUCAGUAGAUUCAAAGAAGCAAAUUAAACCAGUUCCAAAACGAAAGCCUAAGAGAAGAACUAGAAAGACACCUGUAGUUAAAAAGAAGCUUCGAAGUUCAUCAUCUCUUCCUGAAAAAUCAUCUUCUAGUGAUUCAGCAGAUGAAGAAGUUGUAGAGUCAGAUACACUCCCUGUGUUGGAUAAAGAAAAUAUCUCAAAUACAGAAAGUUGCAACUCUUGUGUCAUUAUGCAGACAGACACAGAACAAGAAUCUGCUAAUGGCUUGGGAAAUUUCAUUGAACAUGCAAACAGUGAGGAACUUAAAGAAAAUUGUGGAAAAGAACUAAAUACGGUAGAGAAGUCAUAUUCUGAUUCCAAUAACCAAGAACCUUCUGUGCUAGUUGAAGAAGAAAUUAAGGAAAUUGAGAGCAAGGAUAUUGAGGCUGAUAUUUUAUAUUUAGAAAAUGAGUUUCCUAAGAAUAUUACUGAGAAAGUAGAUGAACCAGUUAAAGCACCUAUCAUUACUGAAAAAGUAGAUGAACCAGUUAAAGCACCUAUCAUUACUGAAAAAGUAGAUGAACCAGUUAAAGCACCUAUCAUUACUGAAAAAGUAGAUGAACCAGUUAAAGCACUGCUCAUUACUGAGAAAGUUGAUGAACCAGUUAAAACACCUGAGCAUUUAGAAUUUGAGGUAAAGGCAAGUGCACCCCUAGAAAAUCCUCAAAAUGAAUUGUUUGCACAUUCAAAAUCUGAGGGUGAUGUACACCAGGUUAAUGAUAGUCUCAGAGAUGAGUUAUUUGAAAGUACAGAAUCAAAGAUAAAUGAAGAUCAGUGUAGAGAGAAUCUCAAAGUGAAUACUCUUGACCAUAUCAAUUCUGAGGUAAAAAUAGUAUGUGUGGAGGGUCCUGAAGCUGAGUCCCUUGAGUGUGAAGAAGCAUUACCAGUAGAAGAUCAUACUCUUGAGAGACCAAAAGUUGAAUUGCUUGAUCAUAUAGACUCUAUUGAACUGGAUUGCUCUGGAAAUGAAGAAUGUAAAACAGUUUCUUCAAAUAAUGAAAAUUUUAAAAGUAUUCAAGAUAGUAAAAAUAUAUUAAAAGAUAACCUUCCAUCAGACAGUGAUAAAUUAGACAAGGCUUUAGAAGAGAAGUCUGAAUUUCUUACUGAAGAGAAGAGAAAUACAGAGUUGUCUAACUUAGAUACUGAACAGUUGCCAAAACAUUUUAAUGAAGACAAUAAUGAAACAGUACCUAUGGAAUGUGAGUCAUUUUGCAGUGACCAAAAUGAAUCUGAAAGUGAACAGACUGUCAGUGCUGAAACUAAACUGGAGGAAAAUUCUCAAGAUAAAAUACAAGAUUCUGAUCUUAUAAGUAAAAAGAGUAUAAAUCUUACUCUUGAGACUGAAAAUUCUGCAGUUUUAGCAGAUAAGGCUAAAAAACCUCGAACUAGAAGGUCUAGAUUUCACUCUCCAUCUACAACAUGGUCUCCUAGCAAAGACAUUGUACGGGAAAGGAAACGAUCUCAGUCUCGGUCUCCUAAAAAAGACGUUGGAAAAGAAAGCAGAAAAUCUCAUUCACAGUCUCCCAAAAUGGAAAUUACCAGAGGCCGGAGGCGUUCUCGCUCUCAGUCUCGGUCUCCAAAGAGGGAUGUUGCAAGAGAGAGGAAACGAUCUCAGUCUUGGUCUCCAAAAAGAGAGGAAGGCAGGAAGUCUCAGUCCCUCUCUCCUAGGAGAGGCACUUCAAGAGAGAGCAGACGAUCUCAGUCAAGAACAAAAGAUUCCCCAACAAGAGAGAAAUCUAGGUCUCGAAGCAGAGAAAGAGAAAAUGAUAGAGAUGGGCAAAAGAGAGAUCGUGUUAGGGAAAGGAGGGCCAGGAGGUGGUCUAGGUCUAGAUCUCGUUCUAGAUCAUGUUCAAGAUCUAGAACAAAAAGUAAUAAGGCCUCCUUCAGUAGAAAUGACAGAGACAAUUAUUCUCCUCGGUGGAAGGAAAGAUGGACAAAUGAUAACUGGAGGUUUCCCAGGGGAAAUGAUAGGUACAGAAAGAAUGAACAAGACAAACAGAAUGAAAAUUUGAAAAAAGAAAAAAAUGAGGUUAAUCCAGAUAUUGAUGAACAGGGUUCUUCUGAAAAACAUAGAAAUGACUGUCCAGAUUGGAUAAUGGAAAGAAUAAAUUCAGGUCCUGACCCAAGGACUAGGAAUACUGAGAAAUUUAAAGAUCCUCAUUGGGAAGAAAAUAGACAUGAUAAUUCAGGGAAAUCUUGGAAUAAAAACUUUGGUUCCAGUUGGAUGUCAAACCGGGGCCGAGGUAAUCGUGGCAGAGGCACCUUCAGAGCAGGUUUUGGACAUGCUGAACAGAAUGAAAAUAGAUGGCAAAACAGAAAACCCCUCUCAGGGAAUUCAAAUAGUUCAGGGAAUGAGUCAUCAAAAUUUGUUGAACAGCAACCAUAUAGGCGUAAAAGUGAGCAAGAAUUUUCAUUUGAUACCCCUGCUGAUAGAUCAGGGUGGACUUCUGCGUCUAGUUGGGCCGUAAGAAAGACUUUGCCUGCUGAUGUACAGAAUUACUAUUCAAGAAGAGGGAGGAAUUCCUCAGGCCCACAGUCUGGAUGGAUGAGGCAAGAAGAGGAAACACCUGAUCAAGAUCAAAACCUCAAAGACCAAACCAACCAACAAGGUGAUGGUACUCAGCUUCCUAUAACUAUGAUGCCGCAACAAAUGAAUGUAAUGCAACAACAAAUGAAUGCACAACACCAAACUAUGAAUAUCUUCCCAUAUCCAGUGGGUGUUCAUGCCCCCUUGAUGAACAUCCAACGUAAUCCAUUUAACAUUCAUCCUCAGCUACCCAUGCAUCUCCAUACAGGAGUGCCUCUCAUGCAGGUAGCUGCUCCUACCAAUGUGUCUCAGGGAUUACCACCACCACCACCCCCUCCCCCGCCAUCCCAACAAGUCAACUAUAUUGCUUCACAGCCAGAUGGAAAGCAAUCACAGGGUAUUCCUAGUGCUUCUCAUGUAGGUAAUAACACAAGUACACCAGUCUUGCCUACUCCAGCAGCAGCCCCUGGAAAUAUGGGACCAUUUCAGGGACCAAGUUCUGGUAAUGCUUCAUCGUCAAGUCACAGCAAAGCUCCUAAUACUGCUGUAAGAUUGGCAGAAAGCAAAGUAAGUGUUGCGGUGGAAGCCAGCGCAGAUAGCUCCAAGACAGACAAGGCAAGUUCCAGCCCAGAGCGGCACGUGCUCUUUCUGUGACGCUAAAAACGUCCUUCCUGUCCUUGAACUCCCAGAGCCAUUUUGUACAUGAUAGGUAUUGUAGCACCUAAUAACAAGGAGCACAUGGUAAUACUUGAUUUGAACUUUUAAUUUUUGAAGAGAACUUUUAAUAUUGUGAAUUUGUAAUAUUUUGAGACAUAGUUUGAAAAGUGUGAGUUUGGCAGUAUAUGAUUGAAACAGUUAUUGUUUUUCUCUUAUUUAGAAAUUGCAAAUUCUAGAAAAAGCAGCACAGGAGGUAAAGUUGGCUUUAAGCCAUUUUACCAAAAUAAAGACAUUACCAAGGGAAGAAAUAAGAGAUUGUGCG